AUGCUAGACAUAUCCGUUCUCCAAUACGCUUUGACAUUGGAGCACAUUGAAAACGCCUUUUACGUCUCCGGUCUUACGAAAUAUGAUGAACAGGCGUUCCUCGACGCUGGCUUCCCUGCCUGGGUUCGUGGGCGCAUCCAACAAAUCGGAGACCACGAGGCAGAUCAUGUCGCCUUCUUGACUGCUGCUAUUGAAGCGAACGGGGUCAACGCGACGCAGGCAUGCAAUUACAGCUACCCAUACACUGACGUUGCGUCUUUCGUCACGAUGUCCGCGUCCAUAGAGGGUGUGGGUACCGCUGCGUACUUGGGAUCAGCCCACUACCUGACCAGCAAGACCAACCUGAAUGCCGCUGGCGCUAUUUUAGCCACCGAAGCCCGCCAGGCCUCGUGGCUCUCUUCCGCCGCGCUGAAAGGAAGCCCCUGGUCAACAGACUUCCAGACUCCAUUGGAGCCCUCCGGCGUGUAUUCCAUCGCUUCCCAGUUCAUCGUUCCCGGCUCGUGCCCAUCCACCAACCCGGCCCUGUUCGUGAAGCCCUUCCCUGCGGCCACAGUCACCCCCGCGACCCCCACGCCCGGCUCGCAGAUCACCGUGUCCCUCCCAGAGGGCUACGUCGGUCCCUCGAACACGAGCACCCCGCUGUACAUGGCAUACUACUCGGGCUUGAACGUCUACAGCUCGGAAAUCGACUCGAAUGGCACGACAACAAUCCCGGAGGGCUUGGUGGGCAUCGUGUUCGCUGCGGUUGUCAACGAGGAGCCGAGCCCCGUGAACCCGCCCACGGAUGACACCACUUUGAGCGGCUUGGUUAACUGGGACUUCGGUGUCCCCAGCAACUCCAGGCAGAUCUUCAACACUACCAUUCCUCCUUAUAAUUGAUAUCGUACCUCAGCAUAAUAGGAGACAUGGAUGAGGUCGAGACACUCCAUUGUCACGGACUUAUAUGAAUCAAACAUUACUUGGACGUUACAAUGAAUGGACAAUGUUGUUACCAGGGAGCCUGGCUAUAGUGAUUUAUUCCAGGGA